CAGUAUCCCGCCGCACACAGCGGGGAAAGCGCCGGCUGCAAGGGCUAUGACAACAGAUUCAGACCUUGGUAUGUUGAAACAGCUACACCUGAACCAAAAGAUGUUGUAAUAGUGCUGGACAAAUCAAAGUCGAUGAGUAAUCCGAUUUCAGCUUUUAGCACGAGGUUACUAAUUCGUGUAGCCAAAGAAGCCUCAAUGACUAUCUUAGAAACAUUGAACCCUUCAGAUCGAAUAGGAAUAGUUGAGUUCUCAACAACAGCAUCUGUAGCGAUGGGUGAUCCAGAACUUACACCGACCUGCUUUAAGAAUCAACUUGCUUUCGCAAUACCGCAAAACAUAGAAAUUCUUAAACGCAAUGUUGAUAAAAUAACUGUGGAUGAGAACACCAAUUACAC